UUUUGCAAUACGGAAGCACGUUGUCUCGUUAUAUGAAGUUAACAAAACAAUUCUUUUAUCGAUAGAAACGUUAUAUAUAAUCCGUUUUGAGUUAGCAUAGAGACAGAAAGACAGCUUUAAUAACCAUACGCACACGAUGAGCAGAUUUAGCAAGCUUACUGCAUGAUAAUUUUCUAAAAUUUCAGAAAUAAAAAACUUUAAAGCUACGGUAUUGUAUAUAUUUUAAGGCGUUACGUUGUAUCCUCUAUUUAUUUUUUUUUUUUUGUUUUUUUGUGAAGUUUUAAAAGUUUUGCGUCAUGGAGAAACUACGAGUCAUUUGACAUCCUUCCUAGUUCCUCGUAUGGAAAUAAUCCAUCGCUUCAUAUUUUCACAUGCACUGACUGGAUUCACUCAUUCAGCCAUGAGACUGACCAGCACUGCUCUGCUCUUCCUCCUCCUCCUCAUCAGCUGUAAUUCACUGGCGAUCAAACCACAGCUCUUAGGCAGACACACAGUCCAAACCUACCCUCAUCACACAUCUGUCUCAUACAAAACUUUCUAUUUUGAUCAACAGAUUGACCAUUUUGGCUUUUUGGAGAAUGGCACAUUCAAACAGAGGUACCUUCUUAAUGACCAGCACUGGCACAAGGAAGGAGGCCCAAUCCUGUUUUACACGGGCAAUGAAGGAGACAUCACAUGGUUCUGUAACAACACUGGUUUCAUGUGGGAUGUAGCAGAAAGGCUGGGAGCCAUGCUGGUUUUUGCUGAACAUCGCUACUAUGGAGAGUCUAUGCCAUUCGGCGACGAAUCUUACAGCAAUGCAAAGUAUCUGAACUUCCUGACCUCAGAACAGGCUUUAGCUGACUUUGCAGUGCUCAUCAAAGCUCUGAAAACAACCCUGCCUGGAGCUCAGAAGAGUUCGGUCAUCGCCAUUGGCGGCUCCUACGGCGGGAUGCUGGCAGCUUGGCUGAGGAUGAAAUAUCCCAGUGCAGUUGUAGGUGCUCUUGCCGCGUCCGCUCCCAUCUGGCAGUUCAUUGUGCCAUGUGGAGAGUUUUACAAAGUGGUCACCCAUGAUUUCACCAUCAGUGGUACCAACUGUAGCAGCAACAUCAGGAGGUCAUGGGCGGCUAUAGACAGGGUCUCAGCAACAGGUGACGGUCUGCAGUGGCUGUCUCAGGAGUUUGGACUGUGUAGUUCUUUAAAGACUCCAGACGAAGUGUACGGCUUCAAGGCUUGGCUGCAGGAAACCUGGGUGAACUUAGCCAUGGUGGAUUAUCCAUAUGAAGCCAACUUCCUCCAACCACUUCCAGCCUGGCCUGUUAAGGUGGUGUGCAAAAGUCUUAAUUUUGAUACUGGUGUAUCAGACAAACAGCUGUUGAAUGGUAUCUCUCAAGCCAUAAAAGUGUACUACAAUUACACGGGAGAUGCAGUCUGUCUCAACACCUCACAAACAGCUACUGGGAAUCUGGGCUUACUUGGUUGGUACUACCAGAGCUGCACAGAGAUGGUAAUGCCAAUGUGUACAGACGGCAUCAUAGACAUGUUUGAGCCACAGUCAUGGAACUUCCAGGCCUUCUCAGAUGAGUGCUACAACCAGUUUGGAGUACGGCCACGGGAAGACUGGGCAGAAAUUGUGUACGGUGGGAGAAACAUAAGUGCUCACAGCAAUAUCAUCUUCAGUAAUGGAAAUCUUGAUCCAUGGAUGAGUGGUGGAGUGACCACAAGUCUUUCAGAAUCUCUGGUUGCCAUUAUGAUCGAUGGAGGUGCUCACCAUCUUGACCUGCGCUACAACAACAAGUUAGACCCAGAGUCAGUUAUCAAAACACGGGAGUUAGAAGUACGCUACUUCAAGGAGUGGCUCAAACAGGCAGCAACUACACAAUGAUAUGGAAUAAUAUUAAGAAACACAAAACGAACCAUUUCUAUUUGUUUUGUGCCAAAGUUAGGGGUCAAGAGUUAAUUUACUUGAUACUUAAGUGGAAAAAAUACAGUUUUUAUUUGGGAGUGGAUGGUAAGUUCUUUUUGGGGACAUGGUUGAUCAUAAUGUUCAUCAUUUUUUUUUUCUUUGUUUGUUUUGUGUGUGUGUGUGUGGUUUUUGAAGAAAAUUAAGGAACUGAAAGUGUCAGAAAACACCAUGUGCAAAACCACUCAGGGGAAGUGUCCUGUGCCAAAAUCUUUAAGUUAAUUGUAGCAAUACUAAUCAUACCUAUUCACAGUCAGCUAUGGUUCUUAACUGAAGUAUGCUACAUUUUAAAGGGAUAGUUCACCAGCAAUUAAAAUUCACACAUUCAUUUACCUUCACAGACCUGCCAAUCUGUACACAUUUUGCGUAGCAGCUACGCAUUUUGACCUCAAAGUACGCUGGUACGAUUUGUCACUCUAAACUAUGCAAAUAUCUAGUGACGCCCCGGUCCACGCACAGUAUUCAAAAGCAGAAAAAGAUGAAGAGUUCAACCAAUCAGAGCCUUUUUUUGUUUGUUUUGCAUGUAAAUAAUUUCUGCAUUUUAUUUCUCUCCUAGUAGCCUAUAGUUUCGGUUCAAAGCGGCUCGCACUCGCCCUGUCAGAUGCUCUGAUAGAAAGGCUGCAUGUGAGGCUGACAAAGACGUGCAGUUUAAUGUGUUUGAGAUGUGCUGUUUUCCUUAAUGCAUAACUUACAUUUCACAGGUAUAUUCUCCAUCUGAAAAUGUUUAAAAAGCCAUGGAAAUAUUUACAUUUUGCUGUCAGAAGUGCAUGAGCUUUUGCUUUAGUGAUUCAUUUAGAACGAGUGCUGCCACGCGCAUGCGUGCCAACAGACAGAGCUCAGUGAAAUGGGAGAGCAAUAACUGACUAAAAUAUACAUUUUGCUGAAAUAUUUGUAGUUGUGUAAUAAGUAUGAUAGCACUAACUGUAAAGUGUAAUGGGGUAAUCAAAAUAACCUUUUUACUCAGUUAGUCAGUGCUUUGUAUUAUUUUCAUUUUUAGUUUAGUAACUUUAACUUCUGCUUUAAAAUAGCAAAAAAUAAAUUAAAAAAUAAAAAAAAUAGCAAAAAUUAACUAAACAGUUAAGGUAAACAGUAAACUGUAAACAAUAAAUUGUUUACCCCCACUCCACCACACCAACUACCACCCCUCCCCCCGCCCGCCAUGCUGAUGGUACUCAAAAAUAUUUUCCAAGGUUGGCAGGUCUGCCUUCAUAUCCUUUUAAAAUCAUAUGAUUUUUUUCUUCUAUGGAACUGAAAAGGAUUUUUUUUUUUUUUCUAGAUGAAAGGGACAAAAAAAUUAGUUCAUAUGAAUCAUGUACCAUGUUUACAGUUCCGCAUUUUUCAAAUGUCAUGUGUUGUCAUUGGUUACUGAACAUGUAAGAACCAAACUUAUCAUUUGAAAACCACAGUUAAGGGGAUAAUUUACGUUUUGAUGUGUUUUCCUCACAAAGGUUUAGUAAAUCUUUAGAAUAUUUGGAAUAUAGUGAUGUAGACAAUGUUUAUGCUGGUUUUAUGUUUCUAUAUUGUUCUUUUUGGAGCUUAACAGCACACCCUUGUUGCUACAUGUCUCUAUUGCAUAGAAAACAGUGAAUAUUAACAUUCUACAUACUCCUUUGGUGUUCCAUGGAAAAACAUCAUAUAGGUUUGGAACAAGAGUUUGAGUAAAUUAUGCCAGAGUUUUCAUUUUUGGGGGUAAAGUAUUCCUUUUAUUCAGUUGAAACAUUUAGGAAUAAUUUCUACUAUUUAGAACUCAAACAGUUUGAAAUAGUCACUAAAAUUAGCUCGAUCUAUAGUGUUAUUGUUUUAAUGUGCAUACAUAAUCACCACAAGUCUUCUGUUUUCUAAACAAACUGUGAACACUCCUGCUUGUACUACCUGGUUGUGUUAUUUUCUUAAUUUUGCACUUUUUUUUUAAAGGAAAUGAUGCAUGAAUAACAGAAUAAAUGCACAUGAAUGGAAGUAA